GGUCGAUAACUUCAGGCGCAGGACUGUCGCGGUGAAAAAGCAAGACAGUGAUCGACGGAGGCCUAACGUUUACUCUUUCCCCCAGGCCAAAGAACUGUGAAUAAAUAAAGGCAGGAGCUAGAGGAAGGAAGAUGGAAUGCUAUGAAAGUGACCAAGUAUCGAUGUCGACCAGCCCUUCGACUAUCGCUUCGUCCAGUCCAUCGAUAUAUUAUGCCUCUGAUCAGAGCCCCUCUCAGUCCCAGUGCUCGCCGGGCAGCUCCAUCGGAUCAUUCAGCAUUCCCGACGCCGGUGGAACAGGCGACCGAGAACGUCCGUGCCUGGUGUGCGGUGACCGCGGCACCGGGUGUCACUAUUCAGUAUUUUCUUGCGAAGGUUGCAAAGGGUUUUUCAAGCGAACGGUCCAGAAACAGCUCUUGUAUUCAUGCAGGGGACCCAGUAACAUGGAAGGCGCCUGUGAAAUCAACAAAGCAAGUCGGAAUAGCUGUCAGUUUUGUCGAUUUCAGAAGUGUUUGACAGCUGGUAUGAAAACAGAUGCUGUUAGAGAAGACCGACUACCAGGAGGCAAGCCAAAGAACAAGAAACUCCGCAGUGAUUCCACGACUUCCAAUCACAGCAGAACAGUUCCUUCUCCAGCUGGGUCAGAGUUCAUUCAAUCACCGACGAACGAAAACACCCAGACCGUCUAUGAUGGCAUGAUUGGUAGCGACAACGAACCUUGGAGGCUGAUCUUAAAGGCAUUAUGUGAUGCCAGUCCCCAUCUGGUCCCAGAUGCUUCCACUGGGCCCCCUCCGGGCAUGAUGCCCCCGAUGGACGGGAUGCCAAACUUCAUGCCCCCCUCCCCCAACGAGUUCUCACCCCCGCCGUACUCUGUCCGCGGCUUCACAAUCCAAGACCUGAUGCAAGGAGGGUUCCAAGAGCUGUAUAUGAUGGUCAAAUGGGCCAAGUCUAUACCUAUGUUCAAACAGCUAUGCCUAGAAGACCAGAUGUCACUCCUGAAAGCCUCGUUCAUGGAUCUUAAUGUCCUUCGAUUAGCUUACAGAUCAUUAGACUGUUUACCUAUGCUUCAAUUCACAACGAAAUGUAAGCUGACAAUAUCAGAAUGUAAGGAGAUUGGCUGGGGAGACCUCACAGAAGCUACCGUAGAGUUUUGCGCCACACUCAGGGAUUUAAGCCUUGAUAUCACUGAAUUUUGUAUCCUGAAUGGCCUUGUGGUCUGUUUUCCAGAUGCUCCUGGUCUCGUCGAUGUCGACAGCGUUACAGCGCUCCAGAAGACCUAUCUGGACUGUCUGCAGAAGUACAUUGCCACUACCUUCCCGAACCAGCCGAAGCGAUACGGUAAGAUCCUGAUGAGACUGCCGACCCUGCGGAAGGUCAGCGCGAAGGCAAUGGAACAAUUCAUGGGUCUAAAGCUGGCCGGGAAGAUCCAGGUCCCGGGUCUGGUAGAAGAGAUGAUGAACUGUACCAUAUGAUUGGUCUACUUCUACAUAGUCUAAUCCUUGUUUCUUCUCCAACCAGUUUCUUUAUUGGUGUAGUCCUAGUUUGUGUGGACAUGCUUCAUCUAUAUCCCGUUCGGUCUAAUUUAGGCUGAAAAAUCUGCUGUGUCGGAGGAUUUUUCUUUUAACAUUUUCUGAUUUUUCUUUAAAUAGUCCUCUUCCUAUAGAUACAGAUAGAAGACUCCCAUAGGACUUGUAAUGGUGAUGGUUUGCUUGAUGCUUAAAGAGAAAUUCCAGUAGUUGCAGUAAAUGCUGAUUUCAUGAGAAAGUCUGUAAAACCAGGCUUAAUUGUCAGA